UGCAGCACAACAGGCCCCGUGGUGCGACAAUGUGUAACGAGACCGUAUCGUGCCCAUUCCCAGAAAAAUAUGAAGCCAUCCUGUUCCCUAUCAUCUACAGCAGCGUCUUUAUCGUGGGACUACUGGGUAACUUAACAGCCAUCGGAGUAAUAGUCCAGCUUAUCAAGAAGAAGAACAUUUUGGGAGUCUACCUGGCCAACCUUUGCACCUCUGAUCUCAUGUACAUCUUCACCCUCCCCAUCUGGAUAGUCUACACUGCCAAGGAGGAUUGGGUUUUUGGGAACCUUACCUGUAAAAUAGUGGGCUUCUUCUUCAACUCCAAUCUCUAUACCACCAUCGCCUUUCUCAGUUGUAUAGCCAUAGACCGCUUUAUUGCCACCGUUUUUCCUCUACGCUCAAGGAUUAUUCGGAGCAUGAAGAAGGCGUUGAUAACUUGUGUGAUGGUGUGGCUCGUUAUCCUCGGAUCCCACUGCUAUUUCUUGGGCAGAAAUGAUCUGUUUAUAUCAAGCCAAAAUGUGGAACUCUGCUAUGAGAAGUAUCCCAUGGAGCACUGGAUGGCUCACCUCAAUUAUUUUAGGAUCUUUGUGGUGUUUCUUAUCCCGUUAAUUCUUCUAGUUUUCUCCUACUGCUCCAUCAUCCGUACUAUCCACAAGGCUUCUAGCCUAGAUAUGGAGCACAAAAGAAGAAUAACUGGCCUUCUACUGUCAAUGACCACCAUCUUUAUCUUCUGCUACCUCCCCUACCAUGUGGUCCUUUUUAUCCGUUCAUAUGUCAGUGACAUGAACUACUGUAGCUGCGAGAUUGAAAUGCGGGUCAGACCGGCCUAUCGGGUCUCCUUUGCCCUCACGAGCCUCAGUAGCGCGCUAGACCCUUUUAUUAACAUCUUUGUCAGCGAUGGAGUGAAGCGGGAUUUAAUGGUGGAACUUCGAGCAAUUUGGUUUUGUUUGGUAAAUCGAGGAAGGACUGCCAAAGCCAAAAGGAGAUGCCUUAACUUUGUAUGUGAUGAGGCUGUAAUGAACGGUAAUGGUCCCCUGUGCACGCAUCAAACAAAAAUACAGACCCGACUCUAGAGAAAGGAACCUUAGUCUGGUCUAGAUUGGGCUCGGCAGAAUGUAUGGCUUCUUAUGGUAUGGAUUAAAACUUGUGAAAUCAACAGAGGAGCAACAUAUGCCAGAAACAGAAGAGGACUACGGCAGGACGGUCCAAGAUAUCCUAAAUGUGUGGACUACUUGCUAUCAAAAGUGGUAGAUCUUCUCAUGGAUUACAAUUUACUUGUAUAUAGAGAAAAGUCAACCAUACAAUCCUUUCCUGGCUGCUUUUGAAUAAAGAACUUUAUACAAUAUUAAAGGGGUUGUCCGGGAUUACAAAAACACCUGACUGGGCCACACGUCUCAAUAGGUUGUGAGCGGCAGCUCGGCCCCGUUAUCUUCAAUAGAACUGCACUGCAAUACCGGACCCAACCUACAGGUGCAACGUGGUUUCUAGACGAAAGCAGCCAUGUUUUUCUGAGACUGGACCAUAAUGAACAAUCAACUUGCUGCGUCGUCCCCUCCUGUAAUAUCUGGGUCAGGGGCCACAGACUGUUGGCGAGAUGCGUUUGUGAUCUCAGUGUUUUAUAGACUCUAUUAUUUUUCUGGCAGUAUUACAGAGGUGGAGCAAGAUUUAGUAUUAAAUAUUGAUCUGUAUCAGAUCGAGAGCUGCAAAAAAGGUGCCCAAAAUUUUUAAAACAGAGCUGCGGCACUCCAGCUGCUGCAAAACUACAACUCCUAGCUUGGCUGCUCUUGUAACUCCCAUAGAUGUGAGUGGAGCAUGCUGAGAGUUGUAGUUUCAGAACAGCUGGAGUGCCAGAGGCUGCUGAUCCCUGCCAUAGGAUCUUGUAUGAGAUUGUGAAAUGGCUGCUGUCUGGGAACAAUAGAUUACAUUCAACUGCACAGC